AUGGUGGAUAUUCCGAUCCCUCCAAAAUGGAAACAGUUAUGGGAUACAUGGGAUCUUCGAAGCUUCAUCAUCUUGAGUCUUUCGUUACAGACAUUCUUAAUUUUCUUUGCUCCUUUGAGAAAACGAACAAAAAGCAACUGGAUCAUCAUGCCAUUAUGGUCUGCUUACUUGCUUGCCGAUUGGGCGGCUAACUUUGCUGUUGGGCUCAUCUCAAAUAGCCAAGGGAACCCUGGUGGCGGCACCGGCAAAAAGGAGAGGGCAGCGGUGGAAAACGAGGACCUUCUUGCAUUUUGGGCACCAUUCCUUCUGGUGCACCUUGGCGGCCCGGACACCAUAACCGCUUUUGCGUUGGAGGAUAAUGAGUUGUGGCUUCGCCAUCUUCUUGGUCUCAUGUUCCAGUGUUUAGCCGCGGUUUACGUGUUCGUUCAGUCGUUGCCUCGAAACCGGUUAUGGGUUCCAACAAUGUUGAUGUUUAUUACUGGAAUCAUGAAAUAUGCCGAGAGAACUCGAUCGCUUUAUCUUGCGAGUGCCGAUAGAUUCAAAGAUUCAAUGCUUAGAGCCCCUGAUGCAGGCCCAAACUAUGCGAAACUCAUGGGUGAAUACUUUUCGAAGAAAGAAGCAAAACUACCAACAAGAAUCGAAAUGAUCCGGGAGCCAGAUCGAGCGGCCAAAUCAGCAAACAAGGCGAAAAAAGGGAACUUGACGGAGUUAGAGAUUGUGCAGUAUGCUCAUGCAUUCUUUGAAAAUUUUAAAGGGCUCGUUGUCGAUAUGAUUUUUAGUCGAAGGGAACGAAAUCAGAGUCGGGAUUUCUUCUUAAAUCGGACCGCGAAAGAUGCUUUCAAGGUGGUCGAGGUUGAGUUGAAUUUCAUUUAUGAAGUUCUCUUCACCAAGCUUCCUGUUGUUUACGGUUAUUUUGGCACCCUGAGCCGGUUUUUCUCGUUGGCGACGGUUUGUUCGGCAAUUGUUUUAUUCAUAUUCAAGAACAAAUCGAAUUUUAGCGCAGUCGAUGUUACAAUUACUUACGGAUUGCUAUUUGGUGCAUUGGUGUUGGAUAUAACCGCUUUGAUCAUGCUCAUAUUUUCUGAUUGGACCAUCAUUUUUCUUCGAAAAUCUCCCGAUGGCGAGCUUGAUAAGUCGAUCAAGACACGAUUCAUCACUUUGGUUCUUCGGUUCAUGACUGAAGGCACACUUCGAGACCCAAAAGACAACGCCCGUCGGAAAACUAGUGAGCCCCAAACACGUAAAUGGACAAUUCAAGUUUUGAAACGGAGGUGGUCCGAAUCAAUUUCGACUUACAAUCUUAUCUAUUAUUGCUUGCACCCACGGUCAUACUUACAACAAUUAGUAUACGAAAAGCUAGGAAUCAGUGGCUUUCUUGAUAGCAUCAAAUAUGUGAAGCCCAGGAAGUUCACCAUCGACGUUCGUGAUUUUAUCUUCGAAGAGUUAAAAUUGAAAUCAGAACUCGCAGAUGAUUUGGAAACUGCAAAAGAAAUAAGCUCAGCCCGAGGCGAUUGGGUACUUCGAGUCGAAGAUGGUUGGAGCAGCUUAUUGCGAUAUGUGAUCGAUGUCGACUACGAUCAAAGCCUCCUUCUAUGGCACAUCGCCACUGAGUUAUGCUACAAUGAUGAACUCCAUCGGGGCAUAAGCAUCACCACCGCCAACCAGAAACAUCGAGAAAAUGCAAAACUCUUAUCAGAUUACAUGUUCUACCUUCUUAUCAUGCAACCAAACAUGAUGUCGGCGAUCGCUGGAAUCGGCCAAAUACGGUUCCGGGACACCUGUGCGGAGGCCAAAAAUCUUUUCGAGAGUGUAAAACGACGUGAAGAAGAGCAGAAAGCAACUCCACCGACCACAGUUGACGGAAUGGAUUUGGAACAAAUAAACGCUUGUAUAGAGAUUCUUGGCGUAUCUACGGACGUGCCACCGGUAACGGUGAAGGGUGACCAGAGUAAAUCGUUGCUAUUUGAUGGUUGCAUUUUGGCCAAAACGUUGAUGGAGAUAGAAGGUAAAGACAAAAAAUUGAAUAAAUGGUUGAUUAUAAGCAAAGUAUGGGUGGAGUUAUUGAGUUAUGGUGCGAUUCAUUCUCGAGCCAACACUCAAGCAGCUCAAGUGAGCAGAGGUGGCGAGCUGAUUACGAUCGUUUGGUUGUUAAUGGCUCAUUUUGGUUUGGGUGAUCAAUUCCAAAUCAGCGAAGGUCAAGCAAGAGCCAAACUCAUUGUUGGCAAGUAGUUUCUAUCCUAUGAGCCACUCGAUAGAUAGGUCCAGAUGUGUUAAAUCAAUUAUUCAUAAUGAAUA